ACCCCAGUGGUUGUGUACGGUGCAACAGCCAGUGAACGGGCCGGCGUCUCGGAAAUUCUUGUGACAUCAUCGCGUCGUCUGUAUCUGCGCCUUUUCGACAUUUUUGGCGCGCGGUUGGACGCUAAUAUGAAUGUGGAAGCGGGUGCUCUCUACUCUGUCGAUGGAGCUGGUUCCACAGUACCCAUUGGUCCAUCCAGCCUAGGACAGCUCAAACGAACUAGCAUGGUUGAUGCCUUUGAGUUGGAUUUGGGUGGAAAAGUGGGACCCAUUCCGCGCGGUCGUUAUGCUUUGGAAAUAACCGCUACUUUGACACAAAAGAAUACCUCGAAAGCGCUUCUGGCGGGCGUUGUGAAAUCUAAGAUUCCGUUGCGUGUGGUCUCUCCCUUGAAGGUGGAUAAGGUUCAUAUCAAGCUCUCCGAUUCUACCAAAACCAUCGUCGAUAGUCCGUAA